UUUCUGCAGCCAUGUCGGAGUUCCACGUGCACCCCCAGGCGGCCGUGGUCGAGGAGGGAGGGGUGGCCCGCUUCCAGUGCCAGAUCCACGGGCUUCCCGAACCCCUCAUCACCUGGGAGAAGAACCAGGUCCCCAUCGACACAGCCAAUGAGAGGUAUACACUUCUCCCCAAGGGCGUUCUUCAGAUCACAGGCCUUUGCGAGGAGGACAGUGGCGUGUUCCACUGCGUGGCCUCCAACUCAGCCAGCGUGCGGGUCAGCCAUGGCGCGAGGCUCACGGUGUCCGGUUCAGGUCCCCCCACCUACAAGGAGCCGGCCAUCCUGGUGGGGCCUGAGAACCUCACGCUGACGGUGCACCAGACGGCCGUGCUGGAGUGUGUGGCCACUGGCAACCCACGCCCCAUCGUGUCCUGGAGCCGCCUGGACGGCCGCCCCAUCGGAGUGGAGGGCAUCCAGGUGCUGGGCACCGGGAACCUCAUCAUCUCGGACGUGAGUGUGCAGCACGCGGGCGUGUACGUGUGUGCGGCCAACAGGCCUGGGACGCGCGUGCGCAGGACGGCGCAGGGCCGGCUGGUGGUGCAAGCCCCCGCAGAGUUCGUGCAGCACCCCCAGUCCAUCUCCAGGCCGGCGGGGACCACGGCCAUGUUCACCUGCCAGGUGCAGGGCGAGCCUCCCCCUCACGUCACCUGGCUGAAGAACGGGCAGGUGCUGGGGCCCAGCGCUCACGUGCGGUUGAGGAACAACAACAGCACCCUGACCAUCUCCGGCGUGGGCCCCGAGGACGAGGCCAUCUACCAGUGCGUGGCCGAGAACAGCGCGGGGUCCUCACAGGCCAGCGCCCGGCUGACCGUGCUGUGGGCGGAGGGGCUGCCCGGGCCGCCGCAGGACGUGCGCGCGUGCUCCGUGUCGCCCACCGAGGUCCGCGUGUCGUGGGCGCAGCCACGGGCGCCCAUCCAGGACAUCGUGGGCUACGUGCUGCACAUCCGGAAGGCGGCCGACCCGCCUGAGCUCGAGUACCAGGAAGCACUCAGCAAGAGCACCCUCCAGCACCUGGUGAGCGACCUGGAGCCCUUCACGGCCUACAGCUUCUACAUCGAGGCCUACACGGCGCAGGGGCCCGGCCUGGCCUCGGCUCCCGUGCUGGCCAGCACCCUGGGCGAAGCCCCAGCAGCUCCCCCGCUGUCGGUGCGCAGCCUGGGCAGCUCCACCGUGCAGCUGCUGUGGGAGGCCUGGCCGCGCCUGGCCCAGCUCCGAGGCGGCUUCAAGCUCUUCUACCGGCCGGCCAGCGCCCCCUUUUUCUCCGGGCCCGUCCUGCUGCCUGGCACCUCCUCCUCCUACAACCUCAGCCGGCUGGACCCUGGCGCCGUGUACGAGCUCAGGCUGCUGGCCUACAACCAGCUGGGCGAGGGCAACGCCACUGUCCGCUUCGUGUCCCUGCGGGGAGCCUCCGAGAGGGCAGAGAGGGGAGAGCAACACACCUGGCUCUGCACAAAGGCCCUGGGUGUCAGAGCCCUGGCACCACAUGGGAGCACCGCGGGCAGCGCUGGGGGAGCUCAUGGCAGUGGAGCCAUGCUGUGGUGUCUCUUCUCUUUCUGUCUCUUGCUCUCUCUAAAGAGAGAAAUUAGCAAGUCAUACAGUAGUUUUGCGGGUUAAGCGCACCUGGUGCAAAGCACAAGGACUGGCCUAAGGAUCCCGGUUCGAGCCCCCGGCUCCCCACCUGCAGGGGAGUCGCUUCACAGGCAGUGAAGCAGGUCUGCAGGUGUCUGUCUUUCUCUCCCCCUCUCUGUCUUCCCCUCCUCUCUCCAUUUCUCUCUGUCCUAUCCAACACCGACAACAUCAAUAACAACAACAAUAAUAACUACAAUAAAAAAAAAAGAAGGCAACAAAAGGGAAUAAAUAUAAAAAAAAAAAAAGAGAGAGAUUAAAAGUUGUCCCAAGGAAGCUGCUCAGUAGUGGCGUCCUGUAUGUGAGAGGCCCUGGGUUCCUUCCCCAGGGCUCCAUGAUAAAAUUAAACAAGAGCUGAGACAAGAGGAAAAUGGGGGUUGGGGAGACACAUAGAGAUUAUGCAAAAGGAUUUCAAGCCUGAGGCUCCAAGGAUCCAGGUUCAGUCCCCUGCACCACCAUCAGCCAGAGCUGAGCAGGGCUCCAGGCUCUCUGGACUUCUCUUCCUCUCUCAUUAAAGUAUUUCUUAAAAAAGAUAAAAUGGACUGUCUUUAGAAUUUUUAAUUUCUUUAUUUGUCAUUUAUUGGAUACAGAAAGAAGUCAAGAGGGAGCAGUCUGGGAGGUGGUGCAGUGGGAAAGGGUUGGACUCUCAAGCACGAGGUCCUGAGUUCAAUCCCUGGCAGCACAUGGACCAGAGUGAUGUCUGGUCCUUUCUCUCUCUCCUCCUACCUUUUUAAAAAAUCUUUUAUUUAUUUGUUAUUGGAUAGAGACAGAGAGAAAUUGAGAGGGGAGAGAGAGAGAGGGAGAAAGUCAGAGAGACGCCUGCACUCCUAAAGUUUCCCCCUGCAAGUGGGGGAUGAGGGGCUUGAACCUGGGUCCUUGUGCACUGUAGUGUGUGCACUCAACCAGGUGCGCCACCGC